GAGCACUGAAAAAAGAGAGAGAAGGGGAUGGUCUCCUGACCUGUGAAGGAAGACCCAGAACAAGGCUGGGUGAAGUCGGAGCUUUGGGUAGGACUUCAGGCACAAUGGAAGACAAACGCAACAUCCAGAUCAUCGAGUGGGAACACCUGGACAAGAAGAAGUUCUAUGUGUUUGGUGUGGCAAUGACAAUGAUGAUCCGUGUCAGCGUCUAUCCAUUCACCCUCAUCCGAACUCGGUUGCAGGUUCAGAAAGGCAAGAGCCUCUACCAUGGGACUUUUGACGCCUUCAUCAAGAUCCUGCGAGCAGAUGGUAUGACUGGCCUCUAUCGGGGCUUCCUGGUCAACACCUUUACCCUCAUUUCGGGCCAGUGCUAUGUCACCACUUAUGAGCUCACACGGAAGUUUGUAGCUGACUACAGCCAGAGCAAUACAGUCAAGUCGCUGGUGGCUGGCGGCUCAGCCUCUCUUGUGGCCCAGAGCAUCACAGUGCCCAUUGAUGUGGUCUCCCAGCACCUGAUGAUGCAGCGUAAGGGUGAGAAAGUGGGCCGCUUCCAAGUGCAAGGGAACCCAGAGGGACAAGGGGUAGUUGCCUUUGGUCAAACCAAGGACAUCAUCAAGCAGAUCCUGCGGGCUGAUGGUCUUCGAGGCUUCUACCGAGGCUAUGUGGCUUCGCUGCUUACCUACAUCCCAAACAGCGCUGUUUGGUGGCCCUUCUAUCACUUCUACGCAGAGCAGCUCUCACACCUCUGCCCUAAGGAGUGCCCUCACAUUGUCUUUCAAGCCAUCUCAGGGCCACUGGCUGCAGCUACCGCUUCCAUCCUCACCAACCCCAUGGAUGUCAUCCGAACCCGAGUGCAGGUUGAGGGCAAGAACUCCAUCAUCCUGACCUUCAGACAGCUGAUGGCAGAAGAGGGGCCUUGGGGCCUCAUGAAGGGCCUCUCAGCUAGAAUCAUCUCAGCCACGCCCUCUACCAUUGUCAUUGUGGUGGGCUAUGAGAGCCUCAAGAAACUCAGCCUCCGACCUGAGCUGGUGGACUCGAGACACUGGUAACCAGUGGUGGGAGAGAAGCCUGCUGUUUCCCACACUACUCUGGGUCUAGGGCAGAGGAGGGAGGAUAGCACCCUCUCCAAGUGCCCCUGACACAUACCUAGCCCUGCCCUGGGCCAGGUGCCCUGUCUGGGACAGGAACAGAGACUGAACUGCUCUCGCCGAAGAGGCCCCACACCUGCAUCUCCUGCACCGAUUAUUUUUAGUUUUCUUGCCAAACUGGGCUCCCUCACUCAGUCCUUGUAUUCAAUCCUGUCCUAAGGAAACCCACCCUCCCCGCCGGUCCCAUUUCACCCCUCCCCUGCUAACCCUUCUGGCUUCCCCUUCCAUCUCUGUCCCUGAGAUCCUGGUAAGAGCUGUACGUAGAGCUUGCUUACUACCACUGGUUCUUCUACUUGGGCAUUCAGCCCAGAUUCCAAGCAGCUGCCACCAACCCUUUCCCGCUUCAUCUCUUAGGCUUGCUUAUUUUUAUUUUGGGACUGAUUUGUCCACCAGACUACUAUACUUUUUCCUGCCACUGGGGGCAAGGUGCCAGGCACUUUUGCACAGGGAGGAGAAAUAGCAAAAAACCUCAGAGUACUCAUCCUCUCUUUGGAGUAACUAGGUUGGGGAGAAGUGUUAAUACUUUAUUUUGUGUGUUUAUAUUUUUUAACAUCUGUGAACCAGGUACCGUCUUUGUCCUGCUAAGGCACCAAUACAAUCCUACAGUCAGUGUUUAACCCUCCCACAGACAGGUAGAAAAAUGUAAUGUAGCUUUCCCUUCAAUCUCAGUUUCCUAUUCCUUCCAUGUCCCUUCAGUUUCUUAGCCCCAGGACAUAUAAGCUGUUGUCUUCCCCUGACCCAAAUGACUCAUGGUAGGCAUAAUUCUAAGUGGAUCGGGCUAUCUGGGGCACACAGAACUUGGAGCACUACCCUGAAAAGUUAGGUUGAGAGUGGAGCUGGUUUGGAAAACAACAAGAGGGUAUGUGUGCCCCAGCCCAUCUCCCCAGACCAGCUGGGCCAGGCCUAGGAGAGGGCAGUGUAGGUUCUCAGCCCCAAGCAAUGAUAACAUAACGUGUAUGUACCCCAAUCACUUGGACUCAUGGAAACAGCUGUUGUCUCAUAAUGGGAAUCUCUGAUACAUGGAACUGUUUGUGUUUUCUUCUCCCCAACAUGAACUCAUGCCAGUCAUGGUACCCUUUAGAGGGAUGCUUGGAAGAGAGUAAAGAGCUGGUCAGGAAAUCACCCAAUACCAGGACCACUGCAUACCAGCCUGAUACUGCCGAGAUUAGCUGAUGCUCUCAGGAGCUAGAUGAUGAACGCUGCUUCCCUGCCUCAUCCUCCCCACCUCGUCUACCAAGCCUGUUGUGCAGGUGAAGAGAGAUGCAGGAAACGGGAUGAGAAGAAAUCAUAUGAAACCCUACACUUCUACUUGAGACAUUUGGCCAGAAUGAUUCUUCAAACCUUCUUAUUGGUCCCACCCCCUGGGAAGGGCCAUGGUGCCAAUUUGAAAGGUGCUAGCUACCUUCUGAAGCCUUUCUAUUUCUUAUGGCUGCCCCACAUUCUGUCACCCUGGCCAGAUUCAGAUCAGAAUCUGAAGACCACAUUUUUCUACUUUUACUACCACCACUGUCCAUCCUGGGAUUUUAUCUUUGAGGGUUAUCUUCCCUUUAACUUAUCUUUAUUUUUAUUUGCCUUUUCUUGCACUUUAUCAAGAGUUCAAUUUCUGUCUACAAAUGGUCAUCCAAAGGGUUGGGCCCAUAGAUCAUUCUGAAUUUUCCUGCCCCUCAGUGACCCCUUUACCUUAGAACCCCCAACAAAAUAGAAGCUAGCCUUCUCUCUCUUUAAACUCAUUCUAGUGACACCUUUGGAGAUUGUAUUCCAGCUCAACUCCUUCCCCUCCCUAGAAACUUGUCCCCACUAUGGCCAAGUGGGUAAAGUAUCAUGGUCAGGACACAGUCUCCUGCCUUUCAUGCCUUAGAAUGUUUCUCCUUUGUUCUAUUUUCUUGUACAGUAUUUCAUAGCCUUUUAGCCAUUCUCUCCCUUCCUCCCUCCCUCUCCUCUCUCGUUUCAAAGGAUGAUGAGCUUAUUAUUAUUUUUUUUUUAUAAUGAAAGAACCCCUGGUCACUACUUUCCCAUCUAAUUGGGUUCCAUUAAAACAUGACUUGGUGGGAAUGGGACAGUGGGCUUCCGUUUUCCCAGGACCAUAGACAGCAGUUUUAAUGUAGUAGUCCAUAGCCAAAACUGGAAGAAACUCGGGAGACCGAGCAAGAUAGAAAAACUGAUGCGAGUAUUGAGGGACAGAGGAACGAAAAAACCGAUGCGGUAACAUUUGAUAAAGUGACUCUUGUGAAUAAUAACUGCAAACAUUCAUUCACUGUUGCACUGUACCAAGUCUGUGAAGUGUAAUUAAAAGUUUGUAUUGAGCCCCUGA